GCGGAAAGUCGACAGUCGAUCCAGCGUUCUGUGAACAAAGUGAAUCAGUCGCGAGCUCCUGCAGCGCUGCGUCAGGAGAAAGCGGAUCACUGCACGUGCGGACAUAAAAGAUGCAAAAAUAAGUCGCGUCACCUCACAUAUAACAUGCCUGAUAAACACAGUCCCCGAACCUUCCAGCCUGUCGCACAGGGUGGCUUACUUGCCACAAGCAUGCUGCAUUAGCUACAGUCAUCCGUGACACCAUGGAGACCAGAGGAAGUGAUGCUGUUGGUGCAACAGGAGGGCAACAAUCAGUCUCUGCUACCCAUGAUCCUCCACAACCUCAGUCACCCCCCUCUGUAAAAACACGGAGGUCCGCUUUCAAGUUUUUUGGUGGUCGGAAGAGCAUUUGUGUUCUUCCGAGCUUUUUUGGUGGCCGUGGCAAAAAUCAAAGCAAGGGGUCAUCUAAAUCAGGGGUAACAAAGAGCCAAACAUAUGAUGGGGUAAGCAGAGCAUGCUGGGAAGAUUUGGGCAAAGGCAGCAGUGAAGCAGCUUCAGGAGACUUUGAGUUCUGCAGCCCUUGUGACACUCAGAAAACACCAGAGGACCAUGGGAAGUUUCAGUCACUACCAAGACAGCGGAGGGGUCUUCGUGGUCUGUUUAGCAGCAUACGAAGACACAGGAAAAACAAAAAUGUUGAACUGGAGAAACGCGAGACACUUGAAAUGUCCUCGAGCCUUCGUGCCCAAACAGUGCCUGGUAACCUGUCAAGCAUCAGUGACCGUAGCGAUAACCAUGGCGAUAGUCAGGGCGAAGAGUUGGUGCCAGAUGUGCCUAAUCAAACCGUAGACCGUAAAUGUGAACAGCCAUUGGCUGCCCAUGAAUGUACAAAAGAUCCAUCGCUAGUGCCUGAGAAACAGAGAAGCAGGAUAGAGACUGAUAAGAGGACGAGAGGAGAAGAAGAGGAGAAUGGAGAAGAGAACCAAAAUAAGAGACAGGAAGGGUUGACUACAUAUCAUCAGCCCUUGUCUGCAGAGUCUGAACUGGAUCGAUUGGCUGAGCAAAAUAUUGACAUAACUGAUGGAGAGCUUCCUGCUGUAUCCUGCACAUCUGACAGUGUGAACAUGAUGUUUGGGGACGUUUCAUCAUUGAAGAGCUUUGAUUCGCUGACAGGUUGUGGAGACAUCAUUGCAGACCAGGACGAUGACAGUGUCGCAGAAAGUUCGGCGUCUGCUGAAAGAGGCAGCCGAAAUGCAGGAAAAAGGAGCUCCUGUUUUGUCACAUAUCAAGGAGGAGGGGAAGAGAUGGCAACACCUGAUGAGGUAGACACUGAUUACCUGCAGAGCUUAUGGGAAUCUGAAACUAGUAAUGAAGUCUGCUACCUACCCUCAGACCGAGGCUCAGAUAGCCUUUCACUCACUCCUGAUCAGCAAAUCAGCUCUAUACUUGCACAUUCCAACAGCAGCACACUGGGAGUCACGGAAACAGCCCUUACCCCUGCUGAACUUUUAAGCCCACAGAGCGAUCGGCAAGAAUCUGUGCCCAACAGCGAUGAAGGAUACUACGACUCGACCACACCAGGAAUGGAGGACGAGAAUAGGGAACGUCCACAUCAGGAAAGGCUUCCAAGGGACAGCUACAGUGGCGAUGCCCUUUAUGAACUUUUUGAACCUGAUGAUCACUUGCUGAGUCCUGGUCUUCCAACCAAGGAUGGCCAUCCAUUUGUUGGCGAUAAGAGUCCAACAAACCCUGUUUAUGCCUUGGCAUCCACUGCCCCAGAGACAGGCUCCAUGGAGACGGAGGAGGAGCGGCUGAGCAAGAUCCAGCACGCCCUUCUGUGCUGUGAGCUUCAAAAUCUCAGAAGCCCAUCUAAAGAUCAGCUUCUGUUUCAUACUGACUGCUUCUACGAUGAUUCAAGCCUUACUGAAGCCAAUUUUAAGACGUCCGCAGAAGUUAUUAGUCAGCGUUAUCCCCAGUCACCACAGAGAUCCCAGGCUUUAAAAGACAAACCUGUCAACAGGGGUCACACACAGGAUUCAGGGUUUAGCCCACGUGUCCCAGAUACACCCAGAUCGCAGCAGUCAGCAGUGUACAACGAGCAUCAACCUGAGGAUCAACGUUUUUCAGUACCCACCAGAGGCCACAGCCAGACUCAGGAAGAGCUGAUGGUCUGUUUUUCCCAAGCGCUGGUAGAUUUUACUAAGAACUCCCGGCUUUACUGUAACUCAACCGAGAGUCUUGAUGGCUCCGAGUCGAGUUCUCCUUUCGGCCCGAGUCUGAGUGCCCUGCCUGCAAUUGUUACAUUCGAUGUGGUCGACAUGGAGAACGAGGGUGAAUGUGAGCACCAGACCGAGCUUGUUGAGGAAGAGGAGGUGUUGGCGUCCCCUUACGAGCCUUUUGAGGACGAUGGCUGUUACUUGCAGCAGGAUGCCUUUGCGGAGUGUGACCAACGUACUUUUGAUGCCUACGAACAGAGUCUGUUGCUCAGUAAUGCAUGGGGCAUUGCAAGCCUUCCACGGCAUCUCAGUUUGGGUCGGCCUUGUCCACCGGUCCCUGCCCCGUUAGCACUAAAUCGGCGUAGCCGCUCUCUUGACACAGACAGUCUGGAAUUUCAAACUAGUGAGAUUUACACAACCGCAACUACUUAUGACUCAAAGGGAACUUCAUUUUUAAAGCACAGGACUGCGGACUGCAAUGACAUGGCAUUACCACGACAACCCUGCAGAGUUACUGGGGACGGUUGGAGGCGGGCUUACGGUUGGGGCAACAGCUCCUCCCAGCACCCUAACUCGAAGUUGCCGCAUGUGAGCCAAUCGGCUCUCAGACCUUCACAUCUCCCCCUACAAAACAACUGCCGCCUUGAUGGUGUCACUCGAGUGGAAGGCGAGGGGGAGAUUUUAUUUGGUGGAGGGGAUGCGCUUUACCCCUGCAGUUACCCUCCUGCAGGCGCGCAUUGGAAGAAUCGACCUGUUGGGGUCACUCUGGGUGUGCCGCAUCCUCGAUCGGACCAAUCAACAGAGCAGAGAGAAAUUACAGUGAAAAACAGGAGGGCGGAGCUUGACGGGGGCUUUGCCACUGCACCGCCUAAACAAUAAGCUCCACAAAAAAACUCUCCUGCUCAUUAUAAACUAAAAUAAUACAGAUAGAUACGUCUCGUCACCAAAGACGAUGCUGGAUGUUUACUGACACGCUUGAAUUGUAUCACACAUACACUUUCACUAUAGUUGCUGUUACUGCCGGAUAAGCUAUUGUAUUAUUUUGUGAUGUACUGUGUAGUUUUUGAGAUGCGUUCUAGUUUCUGUGACUUUAGGAGGAUUUGUAUUCGUAUCUUGUGUGUUGCAGCAUUACUCAGUUGGUGCUGUCCAAAUACAGAUGCUAUAUUUCUUUGCAUAAAUGUUGCCAGGUAUUGCCAUCCAAAAUUAA